GUUAGCCGCAGUCGAUGCCGUUGUUUUCUUUUCCCCCAAUUGGGUGCCGGUUGCAGAGCUGCGCUGACUGCGUACAGUCCUGGCGGCCGGUGCGUCUCGUUUUCUAGUGCAGCCGAAGUUACGUAACUCGCAGGUCUGUUUAGACCUGUCACAGGAUUGGCGGGCGGGUGUCGGACUCCCCGAGCUGCUGCGGAGAGAUGCAGAAGGGAAGCCAACCCACGCGAUGGCUGCAGCCUGUGGACGAGAUGGUCAAGCUGUUUCAUGCUUCAUAAAGAACCUCGGAGACCAGAGGAAGGAAGAAGAUGAACGUCAUGUCAGGGCUGCUCUUGAAGAACCUCUCGUCCGCCUACAACAUGAGCCUGGACCUGGGAGGAGAUCAAGCUAACACCACGGAUGGUGCCCCUUCUAUUUCCAUAAACAGACUCUUCCCUGCUCUAUUAGAAUGCUUUGGCAUCAUCUUGUGUGGUUACAUUGCAGGGAGGGCAAAUAUAAUUACCCCAAUUCAAGCAAAAGGACUGGGCAACUAUGUGUCUCGUUUUGCUCUUCCAGCCCUGCUCUUCAAAAACAUGGUGGUUCUGGAUUUUUCCAACGUGAGAUGGUCCUUUCUGUACAGUAUCCUCAUUGCCAAAGCUUUGGUGUUUUUUAUAGUCUGUGCCCUCACUUUGCUGGUUGCAAAUCCACAGAGUCGAUUCAGUAAGGCUGGUCUCUUCCCUAUAUUUGCGACUCAAAGCAAUGAUUUUGCACUUGGAUACCCUAUAGUGGAUGCCUUGUACCAGACCACGUUCCCGGAGUAUUGCCAGUACAUAUAUUUGGUGGCCCCGGUCUCACUAAUGAUGCUGAAUCCUUUGGGUUUUAUUCUCUGCGAGAUCCAAAAAUGGAAAGAGAAUCCUACCACAUCCCAAAGCAAAAUGAAGAUUUUAGGACUGGCCCUCCUCCGCGUCUUCCAAAACCCCAUUAUCUUCAUGGUGUUUAUAGGCAUCGCCUUCAAUUUUGCCCUCAGCCAGAAGAUUCCCAUUUAUUUUGAGAAUUUCCUGAACGGGUUGGCCGGUUCUUUCUCUGGAUCGGCUCUCUUUUAUCUCGGGCUGACUAUGGUCGGCCAGACCGGCAAAUUGGGGAAAUCCUCAUUUGUAGCGUUGCUGCUGCUGAUCACCGCAAAGCUGCUGGCCUUGCCACUUAUCUGCAGGGAAAUGGUGGAAUUAUUGGACAAAGGCAACAACUUGGUUAACCACACCGCUUUAUCUAACUAUGCAUUUCUGUACGGAGUCUUCCCAGUGGCCCCUGGAGUCGCUAUCUUUGCAAACCAGUUCAACAUGGAAGUAGAGAUUAUCACUUCGGGUAUGGUGAUAAGCACUUUUGUGUCCGCUCCCAUUAUGUAUGUCUCUGCCUGGCUACUCACCAUUCCAUCCAUGGACCCCAAACCCCUGGUAUCUGCCCUGCAGAACGUCAGCUUUGACAUCAGCAUUGUGAGCCUGGUAUCUCUGAUCUGGUCGCUUGCUGUUUUACUCCUGAGUAAGAAAUACAAGCGUCUCCCUCAUUUACUUACCGCUAACCUACUACUUGCCCAGCUGAUUGUCUGCAUUGGAAUGAUCAUGUGGAACUUCAUAAUAAAGGAGAGAAAUGUGAUUGGCCAAAUCCUAGUAUUUGUGAUUCUCUAUAGCGCCCUCUACAGCACCUACAUGUGGACAGGUCUUAUUUCCUUUUCUUUGCUGCUGCUGAAAAAGCGAGAAGUCGGGAAUAUCCCAGUAGUUUUCAUUGUCCUGGCUGGCUGGGGUGUUCCUGUGUUAAUAAUGUGCAUUCUUGUAAGCGUUGGAGAGCGAGAUGCGGACACUGUGGACUCUGCUUUCUUUUAUGGAAAAUCUCAAGUUAUCAGCACGGCAGUGGUCCUGUGUUGCAGUAUACUGCUCUCUGGCAUAUCGCUUCUAUGUAUGAGUCGGAGCGGACAGGACAGCAACUACCAGGUGCUUAGCCAGCCGUCUCAGAGCAGUGACGACAGAUCAACAGACGCCACGAGCGAUGCCAAACUAGACAGUCCAAUACCAGGCGCCACGUCAAUUUCUGCAGAAAGAGGGUCCUGCGCAUGUGGUCAGGAAAAUGGAGCCGUGUGUCACGCCACAGAGACCGUAACCGCGCUGAAUAUUAAUGAGAUCCCCAGCAUUGAAGAAGCACAUGAAUGUUUAAGCCGCUGCAAUUCUCAAAGAUGCGCCCUAUCGCAAGAAGAGCAGCAGCAGCUGCACAGCACGGACCCGCAGAUGGCCAGACACGUCUUGCUUUGCUUGCUUCUCAUUGUUGGCCUCUUUGCAAAUGUGUCCAGCUGCUUCUGGUGGCUUUUUAACAUGGAACCAGGAAGACUUUAUGUUGAACUUCAGUUCUUUUGUGCUGUGAUUAACUUUGGCCAGGGUUUUAUUUCAUUUGGCAUUUUUGGACUGGAUAAACAUUUGAUCAUUCUCCCGUGCAAGAAAAGGUUGGAGUUCCUAUGGAGCAGUCGAGAAUCCAAAGAUGGUACUGGAGAGGACAAUUUGCCUGAAGAAAUACGUAUGGCGUGCCAUCAGUUUGUGCAUUAUCACAAAGAUCUGUGCGUCAAGAAAAUUGUUAAAGGGAGAAGGUGUGGCGCGAGGACAUCCGCAGGGACCUUCUGGGGCUCUGAUCUGGUGACCUGGCUGGUUGAGGUGGGACUCGCUCCUGAUCGAGGAGAGGCAGUAAAGUACGGCGAGAAGCUACGGCAAGGAGGAGUCAUCGAGCAUAUUACAAACGAAUAUGAAUUUCGGGAUGAAAACCUCUAUUACCGCAUGUUAAAGAAGAGAUCGACGGCGGCCCAGCGCCUCUGAUAAGAGGCUGCGUUUGAAAACAGCUGCUGUGGUCUUCAAGCCAAGGAUUUUUGUCAACGUCGUUCUAAGCGCAUGUUAAACAAGCCGAAGUGUACGUGGCGCUUGUAAGUUUAUCUGCCUAUGCAAAGCCAUUCGUGUUCGG